GGCGGCGCCCAGGAGCCUUGUUGACAUGCUUCCGCGGCUGUUCAGGGGUUGCACGACUGGCCGUCAGCGACUUUUCUCUUCAUCAGUUGAUCAUAUCUACUUACACAAGCAGUCAAGCAUUCAGCAAAGAAGAUAUCUCUUUUUCCGGAGACAAAGAAAUGCUCCCUAUAGCAUAGUCUGGCCAGCUAUGGUUUCUCCGGCUCAUCCAGUUCCUAAGCACAUAAAGAAACCAGACUAUGUGACGACAGGCAUUGUACCAAGCUGGGGAGACUACAUAGAAAUUAAGAACGAAGAUCAGAUUCAAGGGCUUCGUCAGGCUUGUCAACUGGCCCGUCACGUCCUGCUUCUAGCUGAGAAGAGUUUAAAGGUUGGCAUGACUACAGAAGAAAUAGAUUGCUUGGUUCACCAUGAAAUAAUCAGGCAAGAUGCCUACCCAUCACCUCUGGGCUAUGGAAAUUUUCCAAAAUCCGUUUGUACCUCAGUCAACAACGUGGUGUGCCAUGGGAUUCCUGACAGCCGCCCUCUCCAAGAUGGUGAUAUUAUCAACAUUGAUGUCACGGUGUACUUCAAUGGCUACCAUGGUGACACUUCCGAAACAAUUCUAGUGGGCACCGUGGAUGAGUCUGGUCAAAAGUUAGUGGAGGUUGCCAGGAAAUGUAGAGAUGAAGCAAUUGCAGCUUGCAGACCUGGGGCUCCUUUCUCUGUAAUUGGAAACACAAUCAGCCACAUAGCCCGUCAGAAUGAUUUCCGAGUGUGCCCCUACUUUGUUGGGCAUGGGAUAGGAUCUUACUUCCACGGCCACCCGGAAGUUUGGCAUCAUGAGAACGAAAGCGAUUUGUUAAUGCAAGAGGGCAUGGCGUUCACAAUAGAACCAAUCCUCAUGGAAGGAUCUUGCGAAUUUAGAAUCCUAAAGGACAAAUGGACCGCAGUAUCCGUGGACAAUAAAAGAUCGGCCCAGUUCGAGCACACCAUCGUUAUUACUUCGAGAGGAGCAGAAAUCCUGACCCAAGUAGCCGGGGAGACUUAAGGCGCAGCUGGGCACGCGUGGCGAGGAAAACUCGCCGGGCAGAGCAAGGGAGGAGAAGGAGGAGCGCGAGGAAAGCGCCUCAACUUGGAGGCGACUCCAGGGGAGCCUCAAGAGGAGAUGCUCCCGCAUCGGAUUUAUUUUCUGGAUCAGGCCCAACGAGCUGGGUGGAAUCUGGCGAGGCCAGAGGGAAAGUUGCCCUGGGGAACGGUCCCUAAAAGACAAGAAAGGAGGCUGGGGAAGAAGAAGAAGAUUCUCAUUUCUCUUCCAGCAGAGAGAUGCUGGACAAAGACGCAGAGCGCAGCGCCUCAAUUUCCCAAAUGCAAUCGAGUAACGCGCUCGUUUGCUCAAAGAGCCGA